GUGGGCGCCAUCACAGUGCUUGUUCCUGCAACCAACAUCUCAAUCCCCUCUGGGUUAUCUGACCUAUUGCCGUGCCUUUUCCACCCGCGAUGUGGUCGAAAAUCACCAAUGCUCUCAAAUAUCGACCGUCGAACGAUGAUCAGAGUUCAUCGUUCCACCAAAGUGAUGUAAUUUCGAGGGUGCUGGAGCAGCAUCCCAACAUGUCCGUUUUCCACGGAGAGGCGGAAACCUCUAUUCCUGUGCCCAGUCCUCCAGCGUCACCCUCUAAGAAUGGAAGGCGCUCUAUAUUCAGAAGGACGAACAAGGGAAAGGACGAUGACUCCAUAAGGGCGCCAUCACCAUCGCCACUGGCGCUUGGAUUACCGAAGGUGAAGUCAUCUCUUGAUCUCAUAAGCAAUGAAUCUCAACGCUCACUCAGUCGCGCCACAGUUGAACGUCCCGACAUGGGGCACCAUCCAUCACAAGAUCUCCUACGACCAUCAAUGGACGCUGGUCGAUCUAGUCCCACUGCACUACCACGCUCUUCUUUGGAUAUCCUCAACAAACCUCAAAACGAAUCUCUUCAGCCAUCUCAUAACGAAGAUCCUAAUGAUCCCAGAUACGGCUCUGUCCGUUCUAUCUUGCGCGAACCAAAUACCCCUGGUACAGGCCAGAACGUCCGCUUCUUCUCUCGUGACGCGUACAAAGUGAUCAGCCCAGACCAAUCCAUGGACUCAGACUCCAUGCCAAUACAGCAUCUCUCAUCCCAGUCACAAUCCCAGUCGCCACCCGACGUGAUAAACCGCUUGCAGGAGCUCAGCUCUCGGCCAAACAUCUUAGGCGCCAUUCCCCGCUCCGUUUCUUCGUCCAAGGCCGGCCACCCUUCUCUAAGUGAAGUUUUCUCCCCUAUAGGCGGGGUGAGCACUUCCAUUUCGCCCUUAUCACUGAAAGACAACGCGUCGGCUCCGCUUGCCUCUCCCUCUGCUCCGAAUAACUCCAACAUAUUUGACGUCUCUCAGGACAUCCAACUUUCCGAUUUCGCGCCGCCUGGCCUUAGUUUUUCUAUGGACGAACCAUCGCUUGCCAAGGAAAGUGAUACUCCUGCAUCGGACGUUGCCAAGGGAGGUUUCCAAGGCAAAGCAAUGACUUCUACACCCUUUGCUAAUAAAGGCAAAGGCAAGGAACGAGCUGCCGAGGUCGAAGAAGAGAAAGAGAACGCUGCUCCUGUUGAAGUUGAUGAAGCAGUGUUCCACGGUACAGAAAAGUCCCCCCGUCUACCUGCACCUUUCCAUGACCGUAGCCAGUCUUUCAGUUUCGGACAAACGGUCUUCUUUUCUAUGGAUGAUAAGUCCAAACGGUCCUCCAAUGCAUCCACCGCCCCGUCUGUCGUGUCUGACGAUGUAAAGAAUGCAAUCCUUGCUAAUGACUCGCCGCAUUCUUCCAACAACAAAAGCCGAAGUCGAGCAUUAAGCGACACUGUUUUCCAAUCGCUAAUGAAAUCGACGUCCUCCGUCUCUUCCCACGUUUCUUCUAAAAACCGUCCAGAGGCAGACAUCAACGAUGAAUCCUCUGCCGAUCUCGUUGUGUACUCUGAGAAGGUACCUGAACCUGAUCCCUUCAGUGCUGGUGCAAAGACGUAUUAUACCCCACAAACCAAUAUCCCGAUUACUCCACCGCGCGGCGCUCCGAGUCAUGUACGAACGGCCUCCAAAGAAGAUAAUGUCAUUUUCUCUCUGCAAACGCAGCUUUCGCUGCAACAGGAGCUCUGCGGACAGUAUGAGACAGACCUCUGCGCUCGCGACGAACUUGUGGACAUCUUGGGAAAAAAGCUGGCGGAAGUUGAGAAGGAAGAUACGAAACGCAAGGGCGUUUUACGAGCGUGGAAAAAGAAGGUCGCAGAGCUGGAAAAGACUUGCCGCUAUCUGGAGGACGAGGUGGAUAGUGCGAGGCAGGAGAGCUUCGAGAGAAGUAUGCUUGAUACCUGCAGUGAGGAAGCCUUGACGGCGCUCCAGAAGAGGAUUGUUGAUCUAGAGAGGGAGAAAGCGUCCUGGAGGCGCAUGGAGGACAUGUUCCGGGAGGAGGUUGCAACAUUAGAAACUCUGGUGAAGGAAAGAUCUGAUGAUGUCAUGAGACUGAAGGAAGCGCUGUGGACUCAGGAAGAGGAAGAGAAGCGUUUCGAAAAGAGUCUCCGGCCCUUGCAGGAAGAGGUUGAACAGUUGGGCAACGUCAGCAUCGUUUUCGAUGAUGAAUUCAAGAAGCAUAUGAUGGAGAAGGAGAAGGAGCAGGAAGGUGAGAAGGAGCAAUGCACCUUGGCGCAGGCCGGGUGGGACCAGGAACGUCAGGAGCUUCACCUUGCGAUUGAGGGGCUCGAGAUAGAGAAGGCAGUGUUGAAGAGUGAGGCAGAGGCCUCCAGGAAGGACGCUAAGGAUGAUCAAGACGAACUAUGCAUGUUGAAAUCUGAGCUCGAAUCCCAGUGGUGCCUUUCGGAGGCUGCUACCGAGAAGAUACAGACGCUUGAAACGGCGAAGGUGACCCUGGAGAGGCAAUGUGGUGCCCUCCAAGUUGACAUAUCCGAGUUAAACGCUAAGAUUGAUCGGAUGGAGGUCGACUAUAACGAUAGUGUCAAUAAGCGCGCCGAAGUUGAGCAGCAAGUCUCAGAGCUUUGGGAUCGUAAUGCCGAUCUCGAGAGGGAGCGAGAUGAGCUUCAUCAACGUCUAGAAGAAGAAGAGCAUGCCGCAGAUCUAUCCCAGUGUCUCCAUGAACGUGACGAGCAUAUCGCUGCCCUUGAGCAAGAGCAUGAUAGCGAAAUAGCACGACUUGGAGAUGAGCUACGUAAACGGGACGAAGAAGCGGCCGAGUACGGUCGUCGCAAUACACAAAGACAAGCCGAGCUGGAGGAGCUGCAUAGUCAGAAGAUGAAUAUGCGCCAGGAGAUGGUGCGUAUGCAGGAACAACAUACCAGGGCCCUUGAGGAGUCAGCGCGGCGUGAAAGCGAAAGUAAGGCGCGCACGGAGAUUGUGUUGAAGGAAAAGGCGCAGGACGUUGGUGCCUUGAAGGAUGAAGUCGAGCGGCUGGGAAGACAUCUACAGGAGCUCCAGCAGGAUAGCGCCAACAAGGACUUGAAGUUGACGCAGAUGCACAAGGAGAGGGAGAAGGAUCGCUCUGAUGUUGAUGGGUUGAAUAUGGCCCUGGAUGCAAAACAGCAAGAAUUGGAGCUGAUGAAACGCAAAUUACAAGUGCAAGGUACAGCAGGCUCUACACCUGCUCGCCCAGCGGCGAAUCAAGCGAACUCUCAGCGACGUCAAUCGGCCUUGGUUACCCCUCGUUCACGUCCACCGUCUGUCAUGUCAGAUUCGGGGAGGGAAAGUGUUAUGUCAAUUUCCAGCCACACCAGUCGACCUUCGAUGGAGAAAGUGGUACCUUCUGCUAUCGCGAAGACUCCAAUAGUCAGCAAGACUGCGGCCCUCAUGAAAAGUGCGCGCAUGAAUAGCCUUAAUACUCCAACGCCUGCGUCAAGCUCAUCAAUUAAAGCAGGACCCGCGAUGUCUAAACCUUCACGUAACGUUGAAGGAUCCAUGGGCCCGCCUCCCGAUAAACUCCGCCGAUCACUUUCUGGUGCUCCAGGCAGACUCCCGUCCCUCUCUCGUUCUACCUCUGGUCGAGCUUCUCUGUCCACUUCUACGAGUUCUACUCCUCACCGACGGCCGUCUCUGACCUUGGAGAAAACCCUUGCAAAGGUCAAGGUUCCAACUACGGCGCCUGGUUCUGUUGCGUCGGUGUCCGAGGGAGAGGAAAAGGAAAACAAGUCGCAGGUACCGACGUUUUCCUAGGUGCUAUCUCCCAUAUUUAUUAAAUUUAUGUGUUGGGUGAACAUUCUUGAUAUCUACAUUAUCCGUAUGUCCUUGUUGUCGAAAUGUACGUCUAUAUAUCUUAUCUCGCUAUGAUCGAUUUCCGUCGUUGCAUUUGAAACUUUCGAAUCCUUCCUGACUAUUUGUCCCUUUAUAUUGUCUACAACUGCAAAGAAUAUACAAGGGAUGAUGGUGC